AAGCAAUGCUCCAUCAAGGAUAUAGCUGAGAGAGAGAGAGGCAGGAGAAGAGCAGGCGAUACCUGACCCAGAGGCGUUCCCGAAAAAAAAGGGCCUCCCGCAGACGGCAUCUAGGAAAGCGUUUCCUCUCCAAGACCGGUCCAAUGAACAUGUCAGUGUUGACUUUGCAAGAAUACGAAUUCGAGAAGCAAUUCAACGAGAAUGAAGCGAUUCAGUGGAUGCAGGAGAACUGGAAGAAAUCUUUCCUAUUUUCUGCUCUGUAUGCUGCCUUUAUAUUUGGUGGUCGGCAUGUAAUGAAUAAGAGAGCAAAAUUUGAACUGAGGAAACCACUAGUGCUCUGGUCUCUGUGUCUUGCACUCUUCAGUAUAUUCGGUGCUGUUCGAACGGGUGCUUAUAUGCUAUACAUUUUGAUGACCAAAGGGCUAAAAACGUCCGUUUGUGACCAGAGUUUUUACAAUGGACCUGUCAGCAAAUUCUGGGCGUAUGCGUUUGUUCUAAGCAAAGCACCAGAACUAGGUGAUACAAUAUUUAUUAUUCUUAGGAAACAGAAGCUCAUUUUCCUCCAUUGGUACCACCACAUUACGGUACUACUAUAUUCUUGGUACUCUUACAAGGACAUGGUGGCCGGUGGCGGCUGGUUUAUGACCAUGAACUACGGAGUACAUGCCGUCAUGUACACUUACUACGCCUUGCGGGCUGCUGGCUUCAGAGUAUCCCGCAAGUUUGCCAUGUUUAUCACUUUGUCACAGAUCACCCAGAUGUUCAUGGGCUGCAUCAUCAACUACCUGGUCUUUGCUUGGAUGCAACAAGGCCAGUGCCCUUCGCACGUCUCCAACGUCAUGUGGUGUUCUCUCAUGUACCUCAGCUAUUUCGUGCUCUUUUGCCAUUUCUUCUUCGAGGCGUACAUCGGCAAAACCAGAAAAGCAAGGAAGGCUGAGUAGAACCUAGAAAGCGAGAUGGAAGCUGCAGCUCAGGUCACCCAAAAAACAACAACACAGAGAAUUUUUGAGAAAAAACAAAAAUGGCACAAGGAAACAUUUGUAUAUGGUGCAUCUAAAACUCAGCAGCUAAGGGGGGCAGCUAGGCUUGUUGAAACCAGUAAGUUUAUGAUCCUGUUUGGGUGAGGACUCACUGAAUUAUCUUGCAUCGCAAAAAAAGACUGGUGGCGAUAAGACAUCUUCCUUCUGGCAUCUAUCCGCUCUUAAAAUGCAAAUUUUAAAAAAAG